UGUCACGCGAGGCGGGGCGUAAGACCAGGUUUCUCAACGGCUGUCCUCGAGGUCAGUCCAUCUCCCACUAUUCAUUGGAAGUUUAAACCUCGUGCGAACGUGUUGUGUUCAAUAUGAGGUGUCUAGUGGUAUUGGCGUGCGUGUGCGCCGUCGCAUAUGCGAGAGCUCAAUCAUCGGUGGAUACAUCGGAAUUAAAAACAAAUGCUGAAAUUCCAGAGCAACAACCUAUAGAAGAACCAAUUACGUCUGACAUACCGAGUAGUUUUAAUCCUAAUCAAGAUAGUGAAGCUGGAGACGCUAACACAAAUAAUAAUGAAAAUGAAAGCAAUAUUAGCAGUAAUGAUGAAGAACUUGACGUUGCCCCUACUAAUUUAGCACCCAGCGUUAUUGUUCCUAGCCCUGACGAAUCCGAUAACUACGCUAACGAUGGAGAUCUAGAUGUUGCACCUACAAAUUUAGCACCUAUUAUUGUUGCUGAGCCUGAUGAAUCCGAUAACAUCGUUGACGAUGAAGAUCUCGAAGUUGCUCCUACCAAUUUAGCACCUAGUGUAUCGGACCGCCAAGGAAGGUAUAAGUCUUUACCAGACCAAUAUGACGAGGAAUCCGCCCCGAGGACUGUGGGCAAGCUAAGUUGUAAAGAGAAAAAUGAAAGAUACUCUGUUCCUGGUAGCUGUGACAGAUAUGUCGAGUGUCUGAAUGGUACAGCAGAAGAAAAACAGUGUCCCGAUGGUUUGCGUUACAAUCCUGACGUACUUUUUAAUGUCUAUCCAUGCCAAUACCCUAUUGACGUCCCAUGUCUUGCCCGAUCUGCUCUUCAGCCAGCACAGCCCACAGCAGACUGUCCUCACCAAUUCGGUUACUUCAAAACUGGGGACUCCCGCAAUUGCAGCGGAUUCAGGAACUGUGUAAACGGCGUUGGCUAUGAAUUCACUUGCCCCGAAGGACUCGCCUUCAGUUCCGACAACUAUCGCUGCGAAUGGCCUGACCAAGUCUCCGACUGCGAUGCUGAAGCCUUCCUCGGGUUCCGCUGUCCUGAAGUACCUGCGUCCAAGGAGCUGGGACCACCUGCUGGAUUCAGGUUCUACAGGUCACCCAGUGAUUGUCAAGUGUACUUCAUUUGCAUCGAAGGCAAACCUCGUCGCUUAGGUUGCGGUGGUUACUCCGCCUUUGACGAGCUCACUGAAACCUGCGUGAACGCUGAGGAAGUUUCAGUUUGCCCACAAGAACUCAAAACCCGCGCCGCCCAAGCAAAGGAAAAGGAAGAAAGAAGACAACGACUUCUUGCAGAAAAUCCGUUCAAAUCCGGCCUAGCGAGAUAUACCGCAGAAGAACUUCCCACCAAUGUACCUACCUACGCCGAGCCCGAGCCAGAAAGCCGAGAUCUUGAUCUAGAUGAUGAAAGGGACGUAGAAAGUGUAACUCCAACCCAAUUUGGUGUAACCCCAACCCAAUUUAGUGAACUAGACGAAUAGAUUCACAUUUUGUUUAAGUUUUGUGUAAUUGUGUAUAUAAAAUAAAAUGGUAUAAAGCAUAAUUGUACCUACUCAUAGUUAUCGUUAUUUUAUAAUUAACAUUUCAAAUCAUUUUAGUCAAAUUACGAUAGUGCCAUUAUUAAAUAAAGUACUUAAUAAAAA